AUGGUUCUCAACAUUAACACCAUGCUCGAGCGCUUGCACGUGCAAAGCGACUCUGACCAGCUCUACCUGGAGGAGAGCAACGAUGUCUACGGCGACGUCGUGGCUGAGGAGAACGACGCCACGACGUACAACAAUCCCGUAAUCGAUCGCGUCAUUGAAGACAGCGGUGUUGACGGGUUUCGCACGCUGACCAACUUUACCCCCGACGAGUUCGACACCAUUUGGAGCGUCGUUGAGAUGGCUCUCCAAGCGCGCUGGCACGACGGCCGCGGCCGCAGGCCCUUGUCAACGCCGAAGGAUGCCCUCUUCAUGACCUUGGUCAUUCUGAAGUACUACCAAACGUGGCAGAAGCAUGCCCUGGACUUCGACAUUAAUGCCCCAACACUCGAGAAAAUGAUAAUACGUGUGGUCGACGUUAUCUCUCCAAUUAUCUACGCCCAUUUCGUCACGAUGCCAACCAUGGAGGCCCUGCGUGAACACAGCACGACGUUCCGCAACUACCCGUAUGCGAAGUACGCAACCGACGUCAAGUUCCAACCAUCCCACCGUCCGUCCGGUCGCUUCGGGGAGCAAAAACACUACUUUAGCGGCAAGCAUAAGCUCUACGGACUCAAGAUCGAAGCAUCCGUUUCUGCGCAAGGUCUGCUCGUGGAUAUGGGUCCCCACGAACCUGGAUCGGUUGCCGACCUCACAAUGUUCCGCAAGCGGCUGGAUGUGCACGUAACGAACCUGAAGAAGACACCUACGGAAGCAACCGUGAAUGACAAUGGUGAGCGCUUCCAAGCAUUCUCAACCAUGUGGGCGGUAUUUGUAGACAAGGGUUACUAUGGCCUGACUGCGUCGGUCCGCGCCAUCCACCAAAAGAAGCGUCCGUCGAAUGCUGCCCUUGACCGGCCUGACCUCAAGCGUAACUCGGUGGUCUCCUCUGAUCGCGUCAUCGUCGAAAACUUCUUCGGUGGCGUCUGCACGCUGUGGAAGAUUUCCUACAGCACCUUUGUUUGGGGCGAGAAAAUAUACGAUGGCAUUCAACGACUGACCUUCGCGUUGACCAAUUUCCAUGUUGGGCUCAUUCCCCUUCGGGACGACGACCUCCGCCAGAACCGUGUGGUUCUUGCUCGAUACGCGCGCAUGGCGGAGGAGAAGAAAUCUCAGCGUGCAGCGACACAAUGCCGCUACAUCCACCGUCGUGCAGAGAGACUCGCAACUGAGUCGAUGCGUUCUUCUUUGGUUGCCCGUGGCGCUUUCCUCUCUUCAACCGUCAACACCCGCCGCUAG